CAGGGAAAACAAAAUGUCCAGACACAUUUCGAGUUCUGGCCAGUCUUAUCAUGAACUGAAACUGAGGAAAAACGAUAUAGACGACGACAUGGAUGACGAUGAGAAAUUACACGAUGAAAACCCAUACGGUGAUUUAUAUGUGAACGAAGAAUCAAUUCCAGAUAUUAAUAUAAAUAAACUAGAAAAAGUAUUCAAAAAAUAUAAAGAGAACGAAGAUGAUGGAUUCAAGCGAGAGUAUGCAGCAUUACCAUAUGGUGAAAGAAAGGCGUGUGAGGCCGGAAAAUUGCCAGAGAAUAUACUUAAAAAUAGAUUCAAAACUACCUUUCCAUAUGAUCAUUCUAGAGUGAAACUGUCAAACAGGAAGUCUGACUAUAUUAACGCCAACUUUAUCGACAGUUUGGAAAAAAUGAAUGCAUAUAUUGCAGCACAAGGACCUAAACAGAACACACUGUCAGAUUUUUGGACCAUGGUUUGGCAGGAAAAUGUCAGCCAAAUUGUCAUGCUUACAAAUCUGAAAGAAGAAAACAAAGCAAAAUGUGUUCAGUAUUGGCCCGAUUAUCAGCAAUCAUCCCAUUUUGGUGCAUUUUCUUUAACUUUGAAGGAAGAGAAAAUAUACGCAUUUUACAUAAUAAGAAAACUGAAAAUCACACAUAAAGAGCUGAGAAAUACCCGUAUGAUAACUCAGUACCACUACUCCGCCUGGCCGGAUCACGGGACACCGGAACCGCUCUGUCUUGUAGUAUUUCAUGAUCACGUGACGAGAACAAAGGAAAAGCAACAUGGCGGCCCAACAUUAGUACAUUGCAGUGCAGGGAUUGGCCGCACAGGUACUUAUAUCGCCAUCGACGCUUUAUACCAGGCGGGCAAAAAGCUCGGCAGAGUCAACAUUGCUCAGUACGUUAAGACAAUGAGAGAAAACAGGAUGAAUAUGAUCCAGACAUAUGAGCAAUACAAAACCGUCUUUCAAGUUCUUAGUGAAACGUUUAAAGCUCCAAUAGCUGCGCGUUACAAAACAGAGCUUGUACAGAAAACAGAAUUGAUGACCAAAGAUACCCCAGCGAAUGAGAGUGAACUAAGAAAGGAGUUCCAGUCAUACACUAAACAGAAGGCAUUUAUAGUAACUCACUAUCCCACACCAGAGGACGCUGUUGACUUCCUGCGCCUGCUCACUGAUCAUGAAUCAGAUAUCGUAAUUUCUGCGUUGUGUUUUAUAAAUCAGAGCAAGAUGUGGGUACCAGAUGAUCAUCGUUCUAAAAAUAUACCGCCAUUUACCGUACACUGCCAACAAGAACAAAUCACCAGCGUUAAGUGUACUACAAUCCACAUUGUUCGAGAUGGGAUGAACGAUGAAGCGUGGUCUGUAGCAAUUGUACAGCCGAAGAUUGGAUUGAAACCAUCGGAUCAUUCACAUCUCCUUAGUUUGGUGUCUUUUAUUUUACAUAGUGAAUUGGAGGGCCCUGUUACUGUUGUAAGCAGGAAUGGUGCAGCUCUUUGUGGAGUGUUCUGUGCUGUACAUAAUGUAUUACAACAGCUAAAUAUGGACAGGGAGGUGGACAUUUUCACGGCUGUCAGACAGCUACAAAUAAGACGACCAGAGCUGUGUUCUUCUUUGGAGGAGUACAGAAUGUUAUACAACUGUGUGUUGGAUUUCAUCCGGGUACAAGACGACUCUUCUGCUGACAAUAUCUACUAUAACCAAUAAGAAAAAGAACAUUCAAUGGAUAUGAAGAUACUUCCCAUCCACCCCACCCAACCCCACCCCCGCACCCCCACCCCCAAAAGAAAAGAAAGGAAAGGAGAGGAAAAAUGAAAAAGAAUUUGUCUUCAUCAUUAAAAUCAACCCUUAGUUAAAGUUUUUUAAAAGAAAAAAUCAUUUUGCCCAGAAAACUUAAAACCUAAAAAGGAUUUUGCUUAAAAGUUUAUGUUUAUUUUUGAGAAUUGUUCAGAGAAAAAUCAAUACGUUUACAGAGUAGUUAAGACAUUCAACAUGUAGAAAAGAGUAUAGUCAUUUGAAUAAUGAAUGAGAAUAUUUACAUUAACAAUUUCCUGUUGUUUUUUAUCCAAGUUUAAAUCAUUCACGAUGUAUAAACACAUUUGUGGAAAUUAAAAUA